UAAAAAGUCGAUUUUUGUUUCACUUGACAAAUAACUACGCCUUUUUACCCUUUUCUUCUGCUCACAAUGAACACAGACGACCUAUUCCUCAACGUCCAAUAUGGCACACUUAUUGCUGAAAUCGAUGUGACUGGAAUCAGUAGACUUGGUAAAUUAAAGAGUGCUAUCAAGUCUGAGUUCUACAGCACUCUUUCUCAAGUUGAUGCUCCCCAACUCCAACUAUACACUGACAGUAACAAAGACCAACUAAUCAACACUUGGGCUUUAUUCAGCUCUCUUCCUCAAGAAUACUUUACUCAAGAUGGUUCUUGCAUUGUUAUUGGUGUUUCCCCUCCACCUUCAAGACAGCCUACUCAAACUGACCUAGUUCCAACAUCUGCAGCAGCCUCAUCCGCACUACUGGAUUUUUGGACUGCUUUCACAAACUACCCUAACCCUCUUGAAGGAAACACUGUUGUCCAACUUCCAGCAGACGUAUUCAUUCUUGGAAAAGAUUCAAUUGGAUCAUCCAUUUACAUCCGUCCUUGUUAUCCUAAACUUCUUGAAAAAUCACUAUCUAUUGUGCAAUCUGCUGAUAUACGUCAUUUGAUCAUCCUUGGAAAUCCUGGAAUUGGCAAGACAUAUUUUGGUUACUUUUUGCUGUUGCAUCUUGCUCGCUCUGGUGCUACAGUCGUGUAUGAGAGUGGAGUUGAUCAAAAAAGAUAUCUGCUUACUCCCAAUGGUGUACUCGAAGGAGGAAAGGAUGCUUUUUGGAAAAUCUUGGAUUCCUCGUCAACAUUCUACAUUGUUGAUGGCUCGGCACCUGUUGAUGUUGAUGCCAAGACCAUUCUUGUUACUUCACCUCGUCGGGAAAUUUGGCAUCGGUUUUCCAAGGGGUCCUGUGACAUUCGGUAUAUGCCAGUGUGGUCAAAAGAAGAAUUGCAUUUCUGUCGCCCAAUGCUUUUCCCUAAUGUUUCAGGAGAAUUGGUAGAAAGUCUGUAUUUGAAGUGGGGAGGAAUUGCUCGUUAUGUUCUUAAACAUGCAUUGGUAAAAGAACAACAGGAUUUUCUCGACAAAGCUUUAGAGGUUUCCAAUAUCGAUUCAGUUGUCGAGUCUUUUGGUAAAUCUGACACAGCAGCAGACGCUUCAAGUCGUUUGAUUCAUAUAUCAGUCAAGGAUGACUUCCACAGUGGUCCUUAUCUGUUCGCUUCUGACUAUGUGGCUGAUAAAAUUUACAGCCGUGUCUAUGAGAAAAACCGAAAUAACCUUAUCAAAUUCCUUUCUGCUGCUGAAGAAAUUGGUGAAACUGGUCAACUUCGUGGGAUACUAUUUGAAAAGUACGCUCAUACAGUUAUUGCUAAAGGUGGUUCAUUCAAGAUUCGUGAUUUACGUACCGGGUCGGAGUCUACACUUCAACUGCCAAUGGAUCUUAGUACUUUGUUAUUCUCCAACAAUUCUCAAGUUCAAGACGCAACGAAUUGCUAUUUCCGUCCCAUUAGCAAUACUUUUGAAUCUGUUGAUUCGUUCAUCAAGCCAAAUCUACUUUUCCAAAUGACAUGUGCCAAAGAUCAUCCUUGCAGACAGGCUGGGCUUCGUAAUGUUUUGGAAAUACUUGGUAAUCCGUCAAAACCAGAACUGUAUUUUGUUGUACCUCCUGAUCGUUUUGCCUGUUUUACACGCCAAAGCUACCUCGGAGUAGAUGGUAGAGUGGUAUUGGAAACCAAUACCAUUGCGAGUGUUAGGAUGUUGACUCAAUUUGUUUUGACGUUUGAACUUUCUUCUCAAUAAGGUGAAUAAUAUCGUAUGGGUUCCAUUGGACAACAAACCUCACUUUGUGGAAAUGACCACUUUCAUUGUCAGCAACUUCCCAGUCGUGUAAUUUAAUCGCUUUGGUUUUGAAACCUAUAGUUUCUUGUAAAUAAUUGCAUAUCCCAAGACUGUUUUUCACCAUACAGUUUUGAAACUAAUAUUUUGAUUCAAAAACAAACUGCGCUUUCCUUUUUCUUUUGCAAAUAAAAGUUGUUUUGUUGCUUAC